UACUCUCCUGUCUGUUUAACCUGCGUUUCCGGUGUCCGCCGGUAGGAGUCCGCGUGAUCCACAUUCCGCGCAGUCCGCUGCACGCGGGGGGGGGGGACGGAGCUGCUCGAGCAGGAGUUUGGAGAGCGAGCGAGCGAGCGCGAGAAGUGAGAGAGAGAGCGAGCGAGCGAGCGCGCGGAGAGCGUUACCGGUUUCUUACUGGAUAACACACACACAUACACACGCACACCGGAGCUCGAGCUCAGCUGGAGGCGCGCGGGGGGCCAGAAGCUGCUGUGUUUACCGGACAGGAGUUAGUGGAGUUAAAUGAAUGGGCGCUCUCGGUGACGCGCGCGCGGUCAUGUGGAGCGGCGUUUUGACGGACCGGGAGUGAGACGCGCACGCGGGGAGCACGGUGUGAGACGCGGUUGGGGCUCGGUGUGUCGGAGGCGCAGUGGAGCGCGCGCGCUGUGGACUGGGCUGUACUGGAGCGCCUGCGGUGAACUGGUUGUACUGGACGUUACUGGACUGGGUGUACUGGGCUGGACUGGGAGUCGCGAUGGAGCGCGUGGAGCUGUGGGUCAGAGGAGUUCUACUGGUGACCGUCAUCCUCACACACAUCAGCUCAGCACAAGAUGACGUUCCUCCGUACUUUAAAACGGAGCCGGUUCGGACUCAGCUGCACCUGGAGCGGAACCGGUUGGUUCUGACCUGCAUGGCUGAGGGCAGCUGGCCACUGGAGUUCAAAUGGAUUCAUAAUGAAACAGAACUGACCAGCUUCUCACUGGAAUACAGGUAUCUGAUCCCCUCUCUGGAUCGUACUCAUGCUGGAUUUUAUCGCUGUAUAGUGAGGAACCGUGUGGGAGCUCUGCUGCAGCGCAGGACAGAGGUUCAGGUGGCCUUUAUGGGAGGGUUUGAGGAAGGUGAAAGGGUGCAGUCUGUUUCUCAGGGCGAUGGUGCGGUCAUCCCAGCCCCCCGGAUACGGAGUUUCCCGCAGCCGCCGCAGGUCACAUGGUUCAGAGACGGCAGGAAAAUCCCGCCCAGCAGCCGCAUUGCCAUCACACUGGAGAACACGCUGGUGAUUCUGUCAGCGGUGGCGCCAGACGCUGGACGAUACUACGUUCAGGCUGUGAACGACAAAAACGGGGAAAACAAGACCGGCCAGCCCAUCACACUGACCGUGGAGAAUGUUGGUGGUCCAGCUGACCCCAUUGCCCCUACCAUCGUUAUUCCACCCAGGAACACCAGUGUUGUUUCUGGGACGUCUGAGGUCACCAUGGAGUGUGUAGCCAAUGCUAGGCCAUUGAUAAAGCUGAGUAUCAGUUGGAGGAAGGAUGGUGUUCCGGUUCGCUCUGGUCUGAGUGAUUUUAACCGCAGGUUGACGGUUCUCAGCCCCACUGUGGGUGAUUCAGGGUUCUAUGAGUGUGAGGCAGAGCUGAAGAGCAGCAGUGUGCCGUCUGUUAGCGCUGGAGCAUAUCUGCAUGUGCUGGAGCCCCCGCAGUUCGUGAAGGAACCAGAGAAGCACAUCACCGCUGAGAUGGAGAAGGUGGUGGAUAUUCCCUGCCAAGCACGAGGUGUCCCCCAGCCUGAUAUAGUGUGGUAUAAGGAUGCAGUACCUAUAAAUCCAGUGCGGUUGCCGCGGUAUCGCGUGCUGGCCGGUGGGAGCCUGCAGGUUAACGGGCUGCUGCCGGAUGAUACGGGGAUGUUCCAGUGUUUUGCUCGCAAUGAGGCCGGAGAAGUGCAGACCAACACCUACCUCGCCGUCACCAGCAUUGCCCCGAACAUCACAGCUGGUCCGUCAGACAGUACUGUGAUUGAUGGAAUGUCAGUUAUUUUACACUGUGAGACGUCAGGAGCACCGCGGCCUGCUAUCACUUGGCAGAAAGGUGAACGCGUGUUAGCGAGCGGCUCAGUUCAGCUCCCCCGCUUCACCCUGCUGGAGUCUGGCAGUUUACUGAUAAGCCCUGCCCACAUUACGGAUGCUGGUACCUACACCUGCAUGGCCAGCAAUUCCCGCGGCAUUGACGAGGCAUCUGCUGACCUGGUGGUUUGGGCUCGUACUCGGAUCACCACUCCUCCUCAGGAUCAGAGUGUUAUUAAGGGAACCAAAGCCACACUGACUUGUGGAGUGACCCAUGACCCCAGUGUGAGCGUGAGGUUCGUAUGGGAGAAGGAUGGACAGGUGAUGAAUCCAAAGUCAUCGCCACGGUUACGGCUGGACGGUAACGGAACGCUGCAUAUUUCCCAGACAUGGUCAGGUGACAUUGGGACCUACACCUGCAGAGUAACCUCAGUGGGAGGAAAUGACUCCCGCUCUGCACACCUGAGAGUCAGGCAGCUGCCGCAUGCUCCAGAGAACCCGAGUGCAGUUCUGAGCUCCACAGAAAAGAGGUCGAUUAACCUGACCUGGGCCAAACCAUUUGAUGGGAACAGCCCGCUGAUCCGUUACAUGCUGGAGGUGUCUGAGAACAAUGCUCCGUGGAUGAUUCUGUUGGCUAAUAUUGAGCCAGAAUCCACAGCGGUGACGGUGAGUGGACUGAUCCCGGCGAGGUCCUACCAGUUCCGCCUGUGUGCUGUAAACAACGUGGGGAAAGGACCAUUCAGCAAGGAGACAGAACGGGUCUCUCUCCCAGAGGAACCCCCCAGUGCCCCCCCUCAGAAUGUCAUUGCCAGUGGCCGAACCAACUCCUCCAUCAUGAUCCAGUGGCAGCCUCCCCCUGAGAGCCAGCAGAACGGCGUGCUCCGAGGAUACGUCAUCCGCUAUCGUCUAACGGGUCUACCAGUGGACAUCCAGUACAAGAACAUCUCCAACCCAGAUGUCACCAACCUUCUCCUAGAAGACCUCAUCAUCUGGACCAACUACGAGAUCGAGGUGGCGGCGUAUAACGGAGCUGGCCUGGGGGUCUACAGCCACAAGGUUACAGAGUGGACGCUUCAAGGAGUUCCCACUGUUGCUCCUGGGAAUGUUCAAGCUGAAGCUGUGAAUUCCACCAGCAUCCGUUUCACCUGGGCAGCUCCCAACCCUCAGUUCAUCAACGGCAUCAACCAGGGCUACAAGCUGCUGGCAUGGGAGCCGGGUCAGGAGGAGGAGGUUACGAUGGUAACAGUCCGCCCAAAUUUCCAGGACAGUGUUCACGUGGGCUACAUCAGCGGACUGAAGAAGUUCACUCAGUACUACACCUCAGUGCUGUGCUUCACCACGCCGGGCGACGGCCCCCGCAGUGCCGCAAAGAGGAUACACACACAUGAAGACACUCCAGGAGCUGUGGGUCAUUUAAGUUUUACAGAGAUCCUGGACACGUCUCUGAAAGUCAGCUGGAGAGAACCUAAUGAAAAGAACGGCGUUCUCACCGGUUAUCGGAUCUCGUGGGAGGAGUAUAACCGCACCAACACCCGUGUUACACACUACCUCCCCAACGUCACUCUGGACUACAGAGUUACAGGACUGACCGCUCUGACCACUUACACCAUCGAGGUGGCGGCAAUGACCUCUAAAGGCCAGGGUCAACUCAGUUCAUCCACCAUAUCAUCAGGAGUACCACCAGAGCUUCCCGGUCCACCGACUAAUUUAGCAAUCUCCAACAUCGGCCCGCGCACCGUCACGCUGCAGUUUAAACCGGGCUACGACGGAAAAACCUCCAUAUCUCGCUGGCAGGUGGAGGCCCAGAUCAGUGUGGUGGGAGAGAAUGAGGACUGGGUGAUGGUUCACCAGCUGGCUAAUGAACCUGAUGCCCGCUCACUGGAAGUGCCUGCUCUAAACCCCUACACCUUCUACAGGUUUCGCAUGCGUCAGGUGAACAUCGUGGGCACCAGUCCUCCCAGCCAACCUUCACGAAAGAUCCAAACCCUACAGGCUCCUCCUGACAUGGCUCCAGUCAAUGUGACCCUGCGGACAGCCAGCGAGACCAGCCUGUGGCUCCGAUGGGUGCCUCUGCCAGAGUGGGAGUAUAAUGGUAAUCCAGAGUCGGUGGGCUACAGGGUUCAGUACAGUUGGACCGGCCCACAAGCCAAAGCCCUAAUCCACCGGAUUCCUGACCGCCUGGAGAGGGAGUUUACUAUAGAGGACCUGGAGGAGUGGACAGAGUAUGAGGUUAAAGUUCAGGCCAUCAAUGGAAUCGGGGCUGGACCUUGGAGCCAGCCCGUACGAGGACGCACCAGAGAGUCCGUUCCCUCUUGUGGACCCACCAACGUCUCGGCCUUCGCCACGACCUCCAGCAGUAUCCUGGUGCGCUGGUUCGAGGUUCCUGAUCCAGACAGGAAUGGCCUCAUUCUCGGCUAUAAGGUGGCCUAUAAGGAGAAGGACUCAGACUCUCCUCUGCAGUUUUGGACGGUGGAGGGAAACGCCACUCACAGUGUUCAGCUGACUAGUUUAGGGAAGUACGUUCUCUAUGAGAUCCAGGUUCUGGCCUUCACUCGCAUUGGAGAUGGCCGCCCCAGCUCCCCUCCAAUCCUGGAGCGCACCCUUGAUGAUGUGCCUGGACCUCCAGUUGGUAUUCUGUUCCCGGAGGUCCGAACUACUUCUGUUAGACUCAUCUGGCAGUCGCCAUCACAGCCCAAUGGAAUCAUUCUCGCCUAUCAGAUCACAUAUCGGCUCAACUCCACCAAUAGCAACACGGCAACGGUGGACGUAUUGAACCCCAGCGCCCGUCAGUACACGGUUACUGGGCUUAAACCAGAAUCUGUCUACGUAUUCCGCAUUACCGCUCAAACACGCAAGGGCUGGGGGGAGGCGGCGGAAGCCCUGGUGGUCACCACUGAGAAACGAGCUCGACCCCAGCCCACCAGUCGUCCCACAGUGCCGCAGGAGAACGUACAAGCACGCAGUGUCCUGCUUUCCUGGGAACCCGGCAGUGACGGUCUCUCUCCGGUCCGGUAUUACACGGUGCAGGUCCGAGAACUCCCCAGCCGGAACUGGACCGUCCACUCAGCAUCCGUCAAUCACGACUCAACAUCGUACAUCGUGGACAGGCUGAAACCCUUCACCUCCUACCAGUUCCGAGUGAAGGCCACUAAUGAUAUUGGGGACAGUGAGUACAGCGAGGACAGCGAGGCUAUAACCACCCUACAGGAUGCUCCAGAUGAAUCUCCCAUUAUCCUCUCUGUCACGCCACAUACCACAACCUCUGUUCUGAUUCGCUGGCAGGCCCCAGCAGAGGAGAGGAUAAACGGGAUCCCACUGGGUUUCCGUGUCCGGUACCGAGAGCUGCUGUAUGACCGUCUACGCAGCUUCAGCGUCCAGCCCAUCAACAGCCCGUCUACCAGCUGGGCCGAACUCACCUCUCCAUACAGUAUACGCAACCUCAGUGACCCCUCUAUCACCCAGUAUGAGCUGGACAACCUAUCCAAACACAAGCGUUAUGAAAUCAGACUGAGUGUGUACAACGCUGUGGGGGAGGGACCAACCAGCUCGCCACAGGAAGUGUUUGUGGGUGAAGCAGUGCCAACUGCUCCUCCCCAAAACGUGGCCAUCCAAUCAUCUACCGCCACACAGCUUGACAUCACAUGGGACCCACCUCCAUUGGACACUCAGAAUGGAGACAUACAGGGCUAUAAGAUUUAUUUCUGGGAGUUCCAGCGUAAGAACGAGACAGAGAAGCUGAGGACUCUCUUCCUGCCUGAAGGAGGGGUCAAGCUGAAGAACCUGACGGGCUACACCACCUACAUGAUCAGCGUCGCCCCCUUUAACGCAGCUGGAGAUGGGCCUCGCAGUGCCCCCACAAGGGGGCGUACUCAGCAAGCUGCUCCCAGUGCUCCAAGCUUUAUCCACUUCAGUGAACUCACCACCACAUCUGUGAACGUGUCCUGGGGUGAGCCGGUGUUCCCCAACGGAAUCCUCGAGGGAUAUCGCCUCAUCUAUGAGCCCUGCACUCCUGUUGAUGAACCCUCAGUGUCCUGUGCCGACUGUCUUGACUCCCCCUCCCCCCCAGGAGUCAGUAAGAUAGUGACGGUGGAUGUGAAGGGAAGCGCCCCCCUAUGGCUGAAAAUUAAAGACUUAGCCGACGGGGUUACUUACAACUUCCGCAUCCGUGCCAAAACCUUCACCUACGGGCCGGAGGUGGAGGCCAACAUCACCACUGGACCUGGAGAAGGUGCCCCAGGACCCCCUGGUGAACCGUUCAUAUCUCGUUACGGCUCUGCCCUCACCAUUCACUGGACUAACGGUGAUCCCGGACGAGCCCCCAUCACGCGAUUCGUCAUUGAGGCCAGACCUUCUGAUGAAGGUUUGUGGGAUAUUUUGAUCAAGGAUAUUCCUAAGGAAGUGACGUCAUACACGUUUAACAUGGACAUCCUGAAGCAGGGGGUCAGCUACGAUUUCAGAGUCAUCGGAGUCAAUGACUAUGGAUACGGAUCGCCAAGCCAACCGUCUCCGUCUAUUUCAGCCCAAAAGGUGGCACCAUUUUACGAGGAGUGGUGGUUCCUGGUGGUGGUGGCGUUGGUCGGCCUUAUCUUCAUCUUGCUGCUGGUCUUCAUCCUCAUCAUUAGAGGCCAAAGCAAGAAAUAUGCCAAGAAAUCAGACUCAGGCAGCAACUCCAACUGCAAGUCUCUGACUCAUGGAGAGAUGGUCAGUCUGGACGAGAGCCGAUUUCCUGCUCUGGAGCUGAACAACCGCCGACUGUCCGUCAAAAACUCCUUCUGCCGCAAGAACGGCGUCUACACCAGGUCUCCCCCAAGGCCGAGUCCUGGUGGGCUGCACUACUCUGAUGAAGACAUCAGCACUAAAUACAACGACCUGAUUCCAGCAGAGAGCAGCAGCCUGACCGAGAAACCCUCUGAGAUAUCAGACUCACAGGAGGCGCUUGUGUUUUCCUAUAAACCCGGGGGCCCCCCUGUUCCUCCUCCUCAUUGGGGAAGCGACAGCGAAUACGAAGUGGAACCGACUCAGCAAAAGACGCACUCCUUCGUUAACCACUACAUCAGCGACCCCACCUACUACAACUCAUGGCGCCGUCAACAGAAGGGCAUUUCUCGGGCUCAGGCCUACAGCUACACCGAAUCCGAGUCCGGAGAGGCCGAGCACACCGCCGUUCCCCCGCCGCUGCCCCCGCUGCCCCCCCAGCCUCAGCCUCAGCCCCAGCCUCAGGUCCAGGUCCCGCCGCAGACCCUGAGCCAGAGCCAGGCCAGCCUCUUUAGGCCCAAAGGCAGCCGGACUCCUACUCCAUCCCAGCAGAGCGCUAACUCGCCCAGCCAGCAGGGGCCGCUCUACCGGCCCCCCAGCAGCCUGGCCCCUGGCCCGAGACCACCCAUCGCUGGAUUUUCUUCUUUCGUCUGAUUGGAUAAAUGAGAAAGGAAGAUUUAAAGUGGAGGAGGAGGGGCCUGUCCUGCUCUUUUCUCCUCCCAAAACAAGCCUCCCAAGCCUAAUUUGUCUAAUGUGUCUCGAUUGGAACGCCAACAAACAUCAACAGCAGCUAGAUAUUUCUUUUUUUUCUUUUAUAAUGUCGAUUUUCUUUGUUUUUCUUGCUUUGAGUUGGAUUUUUUUUUAUUUUGUAAUUCACACACAUACCACUGUUUUUUUUUUUUAACAUGUGUGUUCAUCUUGGCUUCUCUCAUAUAUAUA